AGUAAAUGUAGAUUUUGCAUAGUAUUAAAUGACUGUUUAUUUUAAUCUCCUAUGUGUGCUUCACUCAGUCUCAAGGUAUGGAUGUCGCAGAGUGGUAUGUGGAAUGCCGGUGAACCACACGUGAUUCAAGAAGUUAUGAUUUACAGUUUAUAAUUUGGAAUUUUCAGACAAUAUGGAAUAACUAUGUAUUCAGAUUUUUCUAAUGUUGCACAUAUAGACAAGUUAAUGUUAAUCGUCACGUAAUGAUUUUGUUUUACCAGAGCUAUGUCGGACUGUUUUCGUGCACACCGAUAUUGUUGUCGUAGUUUCUCUAACACAAGGUGGUUGGGCAAGAAAACAUGAAGUCGAAUAACCAUGAGACUGGUGUUUGGUACUCUUUAUCCAGCUUAUGCUUCUUACAAGGCAGUCAGGACAAAAAAUGUCAAGGAAUAUGUGAAGUGGAUGAUGUACUGGAUAGUGUUUGCCUUGUUUACAUUUGUUGAAACUUUGUUCGACAUUGUGGUGUCAUUUUGGCUUCCUUUUUACUAUGAGAUGAAAAUACUGUUUGUGUUGUGGCUUUUGUCCCCAGCAACAAAAGGAUCCAGUAUUCUGUACAGGAAAUUUGUUCAUCCUCAGUUUAUGAAAAGAGAAAAGGAAAUAGAUGAAUGUCUAGCUACAGCCCGAGACCGAGGCUAUGCAUCUUUGGUUCAUCUUAGUAGCAGAGGUCUCAGUUAUGCUUCAGCUGUGAUAAUGCAGACUGCUAUGAGGGGACAGAUGUCAAUAGUCAACCAUAUACGUAAAAGUUACAGUAUGACUGCAUUAGAUAAGGAAUUUCCACCUGAAGUUAGUGAAGCUCAGUUAGAUGGUGUUGAUAGAAGAUUAGAGUCAUCUCCAUUACAACAUAGAUGGCAUUCUGAUGCAACUAUACCUGAAAAUGAGGACCAAUCUACAAAUUUCCAGGAGACUGCGAUUAGUCGAAGUCGCUCAAAAAGUCAUCAGGGAAGUACUAGUGAAACUUAUGAAGGAAAUAGUUUACGACGAACUCGUAGUGAAAGCAAAGCACCACGGAAGGUUCGUGUGGCAGUUCAUCCCACUACCCAAGCUACCUCUCGUACAGCAUCAGUAAGUCACACAGAUAUAAAUGCAUAUGCAACCUUUCCUAGAAGCAGAACUAGAACAACAAAAAAGAAACAAACAAAACAGCUGUGAAGCUUUAAGAAGACAGACACUACAAUAUGACAAGAGCCUGACCAAUACUAUGAUUGGACAGGAUGGACAGCUAUAAGUAUGUGAUAAUGUCAUGUUUUUUCUCUCAGCUGUUAUCUUAACAUUUCCUUUCUGCAUUUUUUGUUAAGAUAUAUAGUUUUUUCAUUUUCAAGUUUUGCUGACUAGUGUCAUUUCAACUCCACAUCUUCAGUUUAAAUGUAUAUGGAGUUUUAGUUUUUCUUAAUCAGAGCUCAUAAUGUUUAAUCAUGAGAAAUUAAAGUUGUAGUAUGUUAUUUUGUUAAAAAAAAUGUUUUUUAUAGAAUAUUUUAUGCUUUUUAAAUAGGAGUUUAGAGAGAUUUUGAAAGUAUUAUGGGUGUGAUGAAUGUUUAUACUAAGAGUUGAAAUAUGUAUUCUUCUCUGUUGGUUGCUCUUGAAUAUAAAUUCUUUACUACAGAUUACUAGAUUGUUUUGUUAAGAAUGGAAUUAUAAUAACACAAUAAUUAUUAAGAAUGAAAAAGAUCUGUUAAGCACAUCGGGAACGAACGUGCCUUAGGGAAGAUGCGAGAAUAAUACUUUUUACAAUUGUUUUAAAUUUUUUAAAAUAUGUACAUGGUUUGUUUAUUGGUUAUUUCUGUUUGCACAUUUUUGUGCCAAAUGAAAUGUUCUGUUGUCGCUAUUAUUACUUUUUCUUACUUCUACUACUACCAAAUUUGCUGAAAGAGAAGGGUUUAAUGUUAAGAGUGGAAUAGUUAUCAUUCCAAAAACAUUCUCAAAAAGUGUCUAGCAGGCUUUAGUUAAAAUACUGUGUUUAUUUCAUAAUUAUUUUUUUACUAUGAUAUUAUUCUUUGUUUUUUACCUAUAAGGGUUUGAGUUAGUAACAUAGCCAGAAAUAAAAUGAAGCUACAGUAACUUUAUUAGUACAUUUAUUUUAUGACUUGAAAAAAAAAGGUUUGGUGGUUACAGUAAUUGCUACUGAAAAUAGUUGUCCAAGUUUCACAAGGCUUGGCUGUUCUAAUGUACUCUAGUCCUGUGUGUGUGUAUAUGUUUUAGUAUCUGAAGAAAACCAUUGCAUGUGUUGACAGAUUUCCUACUAUAAAAAUUAUCUAAGGUUCCAUAAAUAUGUGUAAAUAGAUGUGAUAAGAAUUGACAAGCAUCAUAUGAUUGCUCCAAUUUAAGAUAAUUAUGUAAAAAGUAAUACUUAACCAAAUAUAUAUCAUAGUUUAUUGCUGAUUAAUUAUAUUUGCUUUUUUUUGUAAAUGAUAUAGAGAUUUGUUUUAUGUUUGUGAUUAGUAUUUCUAAGUAAUUAUGUAGUUUUUCCUAUAUUAAAGAUUUAUUUAAGACAGUUUACCUUGUUCUUGUUAGGGUUAGUCUGUAUUUAAAAAGUCUUUGUUGUUUAGUGUACUAUAUUCAAUUGAAAAAGUUUAAUUUCUUCACAUGGUAGAGAAAAGUAGUUUAAAAAGAAAUAACCAAAAAAUAACCAAUGAAUUUCUCUAGUAAUGAAAGUUUAUUUCAUUGAGAUAACGAAUAAAGCUUUAAAGAUAAGGUAUUUGGUAAUGAUGUUCUUUACAGUAAAAAUAAUGUACUUCAUAAAUAUUAUCAGGUCAUAAGCAUUAAAAAUCAAUAUAAUAUGUUAAAAGCUUAAAAGAAUCUCAGAUGAUCACUUUUUUUUUUCAAAUGUAAAAUUAUUUUUAUUAAUUUUUGUACAACUAUUUUGAUAUUAAAUGUAUAUAAGGUGUGGCAUAUUAGUUACCUUACCAGACUGUGAAUCCAAGGGUUCGUGGCUUGCAUCAUAUUGACUAAAGAUCAUGCUCCACACUUUCGGGCUGUGGGUGCAUUAUAGGAAUGAUGGUCGAAUCCUACUAUUUGAUUAGAGUACCCUUAGAGUUUGCAGUGGGUGCUGUUGACUAGCUGUCUUCCUACUACUAUAACAGUUCAAAAUUAGGAAAGGCUAGCACAGAUAGCCCUUUUGUGGCUUUGCACAAAUAUCCAAAAUAAACAAAUAAUAGAGAUAUAUAAGAUACUUUCAGUAUCAACCACUAAAAUGUGCAGAGAGAAACAUUGACUUUCAGCCACCUGAAGUUGAUCUUUCUUGAUGUCCUUAGCCUCUGUUUUCACGUGGCUGAAAGCUGAUGUUUCACUUUGCACAUUUUGGUUAAAAAAUUAAUACUGCUUUGUGAAUAUGUUUUGAAAUAACAUAGAGGGAAAUCUCCAUACUUAAAUGCAUUUAUAUUAAGAGUGAACUAUUAAUUAGUUUCUCUACAUAUUUAUUCAUGAAGAUCCCCCAGUGGGAAAGGGGUAAGUUUAUGGACUUACAACUCUAAAAUCUUGGGGUUGAUUCAUUGCUGUGGACACAACAGAUAACGUAA